AGAGCAGAAAAAAAAUUAUAGAGAUAUCUGAUCCAAACCCGCAUAUCGGCCACAGAAGCACCAGACCCCACUUCCACUCGCGUUCCCAUCCUCCAACUAAUAUCAAAAUUAUAAGUCCAUUUGGAUUUGGGUCACAAUGAUUAACACUUUUGUGUUGGCCAUCACCACUCAUUCAUCCCAUCUACUACUCCUACUCCAAAUAAUUAUAUUUAUAAAGACCUUCCUUCCCGAGUUUUCUCUUGGAUUAUUUCUGAACCCCAACACAAAAUUCACUAUCUUUAGAGCCAUGGCGGUUGUGGGAGGCGAAAAGGAGAAAGAGGAGCUUAUUCCCGGGUUACCCUACGAAAUUGCAGAGCUAUGCCUUCUUCACGUUCCGUAUCCGUACCAGGCACUGUCACGCUCUGUUUCGUCCACGUGGAACAGAGCAAUAACGCACCCUUCCUUUAUUUACUCCAAGAAGACCCUCUCCCACCCUCAUCUCUUCGUACUAGCGUUUCAUUCACAAACCGGGAAAAUUCAGUGGCAGGCUUUGGACCCUUCCUCGGGGCGCUGGUUCGUUUUACCGCAAAUGCCCUUGCCGGAAAACACUUCCUCCACGGCGUUCGCGAGCGCGGCGCUGCCGCGCCAGGGGAAGCUCUUUGUCAUAGCCGGCGGCGGCGAAGGUUCCGACACCCUCGUCUACCGCGCCGCCACGAACCAGUGGGCACUGGCGGCGCCCACGCCGGGUGGGAGGAGGAGGGGCUUCUUCGCGGCGGAGGGAGUGGAGGGAAAGAUCGUGGCCGUUGGGAGCGGCGGCACGGACAUCUACGAUCCGGAAAGCGACACGUGGCGGGAGGGGAAGACGCUGGGAGGGGAGCUGGAGAGGUACGAGGUUGUGGCGGCGGGGGGGAAGGUUUACGUGAGCGAGGGGUGGUGGUGGCCGUUCAUGUUGAGUCCACGGGGAUGGGUGUACGAAACGGAGAGGGACACGUGGCGGGAGAUGGGGAGCGGAAUGAGGGAGGGAUGGAGCGGGGUGAGUGUGGCGGUCGGGGGAAGGGUUUUCGUGAUCGCGGAGUACGGGGACGCACCGGUGAAGGUCUACGACGAGGAGUUCGACACGUGGCGCUACGUGAAAGGGGGGAGGUUUCCCAGGGACGUUAUAAAGAGGCCGUUUUGCGCCACGGGGUUGGAGGACCGAAUCUACGUGGCGUCUUUGGAUUUGAACGUGGCCAUUGGGAAAAUUAAGGUGGGUGUGAAUAGUAAUAAUGAGCAAGUGAGUGUGACGUGGGAGGUUGUGGAGGCACCGCGUGCUUUCCGUGAAUUCUCUCCUUCUAGUUGCCAAAUGCUCUAUGCUUGAAUUGUGGCCAGGGUGGACAUGUUACUAGUUUUGUUCUAUUAGGCAAAGUGAACAUAACAUGUCUUGGAUCCCACUUUGCCACUCAUUUCUAUUUUAUUAGUGGCUUUGGUGGAUCUUAGAGUUGUUACUUCAGUCUGAAUCGCAGUCUCUGUAGUGCAGAUUAGGAACACAAUGUGUGUGGUAGCCUGCUAGGAUAACACCAUAAUUAUUCAACAUGUCUUCUUCGCCUACAACUUGGAUUCGGAAAAAGGGAAAUCAUAGCUUUCAAGCUUCAUCGUGGAGGCCAUGUUCUGAGCUACUACUAUAAUUAUUUAAACCUAAUAUUAUUUUUAAAAAGUAGAGAAAUAUACUGAUAUUUCGCUUUAUGAUCUA